AUGGGCAACUCUGCUAUUUCUGGACUAUUGGAAGAGAAUAUGGUUCGCUAUUCCAAAGUUGAAGGAGAGUUGAGUGACCGACCUCUGCUUUCUAUCGGUCAAAUGACAAAUAUAGCCGAUCAUUGGAUGGUUUCGGGAACGCCAAUGCUCGCGGCUGCUACAGGAGAAUCAGGAGAACUGCUAAGACUAGCCCGCAUUGAUGAAUCAAAAUGGCAAUGGGAAGCUGACAAACACACGACUCUUACGUCCUCUGUAAUUGACCCUGAUGAUCCUGAGGAAGAGGCUAUCUGGAGUAGCGAUGGCCUGCCAAUUUCUCAAGUCAAAUUCGCAACCAGCUUAUCGCGAUACGAAGCUGUCCGUUGGCUCAUCGUUCAAAAGCAGACUUCAACCACGAUCCUUAACCCAGAGUACCACAAAGUCCCAGUAGCGCAGUCUUCUAUUGCCAACUUCAACACUGAGCAACCUCGACUAUCUCGAAUUAAUCCUAACCCUAUUCUGAUCAUUCCACAUAAGAUGACCGGCGGCAACGCCCAGAUGGAUGUUGCCUUUAACCCAAACGCAAAAGGACAAUCACCACAAAUUGCCAUCAUCGAUGAGUGCGGAUAUUGGUCCAUAUGGGACACCUUUGGAGGCAGAGCGAGAACGCGACUGUCAUCUUCGAAACUCGGGCAUAUCUCAGAUGGGUUGUUGAACGAGAUUCCCCCCACAUCGGAGCACAAGGCUGCAAAGCACGGGAUUCUGUUUGUUGGCACUGCCAAGGUGGACAGUUUCUGGGAGGACGAAUCGCAGAACGACGAAAAUCCUGAAGGCCUAGCAAAGCGUGCAAGUCAUUUGUUGAUCUGGAAUAGGGGAAAAUGUCAAGUUCUUGAUCUUGAAUCGCAUAUGGCUUUACCUCAGCUGCCACUCUUCGUUCUUCCAAAGAAACCUGACGCGAUUCUUGACAUCAGGGUCAGUCCCGCCAACCAGAACCACAUCUUUGUCUUGACUAUGCGGACUCUUCACUGGAUCGAUUUGUUUCCAAAGGGAGAAGACGACGAUGAACCAUCAAAACCCGUCAUCUUGAUUUCCUCUCCCCGGUUAUUGGAUAGUGAGGCACUGCGCAUGACGACUUGCUUGACUUCAGAAGGGGGGCAACAAGCUGUCAUGGUGUUCGUCUUUUCUCCGACACGCAAACAGAUUCAGACAUACUGGUUCGGGUUUUCAAAACAGACCGGUCUUCCUUACUGGCACCGGGACGUUCUAAGCAUACCUGAUGAGAACAAUACCUUCAAGGGUGCAUUCCAGUCAUUAGAAUUUCACCCUGUCAGCCUCGCCCAGGACGGGCAGCCCUCGCCUGGUCUAGGCGGUGAUUAUUACCGGGCAGGUGUUCAGUUCUAUCAAGGAAGCAUUCUCAGUAAGGACCUUGGCGUGCAAUACUGCAUUUGCGGUUCGGUCAAAGAUCGCGGCAUACAAUUGAAGCUACCAACUGAACUUGCUGUACGGUCCAAGACAUCCCAAGCUCAGCGGUGGAAGAAGAGGCGCAGGAAUUUUCUUCGAUAUAUGGACAACGCCUUCGUACUUCCAGAUGGUGUAGCUAAUAAUAUCCAUGAAGUUGUCAAGCGUCCUGAUCGAUCUACCAAACCCGCCAACAGAUCUGCAGCCUUCGGUCCCAUACGCCUUAAACUUGAUCUACUGUGUCGCUCUCUUCAGAAAUCUCUUGUUGCAGUCUCGCAAAGCAUUCAUGAUAUACCUCCUGCCCUACUCUUUGCUAUACAGGAGAACAUCACGGAGGGCACGAAUGAAGGAAGACUUCCCCUCAAGACCUGGAAAGAGAUUGGUGACGAAAUGGGCUCAAUGGAGCUGGUCACUAACGAAGAUGCGGAACAACCAGAUAUACUUGACUUGUUUUUAGGCGACGAUGGGCAAACGGUGGUAACGCAGCUAGGAAGACAAACUUCGGAAGAGUGGAUUCAGGAACUUGUCAGUUUAUCACAUCUCAAUCAAACAUAUGUGGAUCUCUGGCUUGAUCCCUUGGAAGGAAGAUUGCUUGACGGAGAGGAGGAGUUAAGGAGAGGCUGGAUAGCAGACUUGGCCAAAGAUAUGUUUCUGGCAACUGCUGGAGUUAUGGUUCAGGACACGCCGCUGUUAGGCCCGGCAAGACAGGGAGGAGACGAACGAAACCAGCCCGCUCAGUCAAGUGCAAUGCGAGUUCAGUCAUCCCAGUCGUCACAUGGUGGGAUUCCUUCCUCGCCUCUCAGCACGACAUCGAAUACCACCAGCGACGACGCGAUUAGGCGGCUGCAGCUCCUCGCACCUUCGUUGCGACUGGAUAAGAUGGAAUCAGUCAAACAAUCAAGUGUGCUAGCACACUGGCCGACCGAACGUGGUAUGAGCACAGAUGAUUACAUUUCUAGCGUUGCUAUUGCCAGCGAUAAGAAGUUUGACGAUGCGAGAUCGCGUUUGCGCAGGAUAGAAAGCAAGCGCAAAGCACAUGCAGAAAAGUACAAGCUGCCCUCAGCUAUGCGACAAAGCGGUGUUUCUACCCCCAAGAGCAAACAGUCGCAGUCACAAAUCCGGACAGGAGGACUUGGCGGACCACCACGGUCAUCCCAGAUGCUUCCCCAAAGAGAAGACCCUACAGAGCUUCCUCCCAUGCCUGCUGCACCAACGCCUGCACAAUUCAUGUCAAGUCAACAGGGAGCUCCCAGCUCAUCUCAGAGCCAAGGAAUCUUUGGGCCUUCAAUUGCCAUGAGUCAGCCUGUAUCAGGCAUCUUUGGGGAUAGGAAGAAGAAUAAGAAACCUAAGAGGAAGAGCGGAUUCAGAUAA